GUCCCUGUUUGAACCUUCACGCUCCCUUGCGCUCAUGUCAGUGUCCGUCUCCAGCGUCCCCGCAAUGUUGAAGGAGAAAAGCCACCAAGCCGAGAUGCUGAAGGGCAGUCCCGUCCGGGGAUUCUUCCCCAGCCCCUAUCCCUACAUGGACUUCUUCCCCCGGACACACACCCUCCUCCACCCGCUCAAGUCGCUCGGUCGACUGGUGUCGGACGCCCGGGCGUCGCUUCCCCUCGGGUUUCACGGAGGCGCGGCUCCGUUCCUCGGUCACAACGCGUCGGGCUUGCCGUACACUAGCCAGAUGUUUCCCGGACACGUGCUGCACCCCAGGCCGGAGGAGCUGGCCGCGGUGGUGACGGAGCACGCCGCAGGGCCGCUGUCGUCGGACUUCAGCAACCCGCCCAGCGUCCCGUCUCCAUCCGCCAAGUCCUCCAACAACACACCGCCCAAGGAGAGCUUGUUUCGGCCGAGCACCGUCGACAUGUCUCCGGAGAAAAGGGUCACAUCCUUUAACUUCAGCGAGGAGGACUUGUUCAUGGUGCUUUAUGGUUACUCUGGGGGCCAGGAGAGCAGCGGGGGCCACGCUAUAUCAGGACUGACGUUGCAGGAAAGCUUAGUUUCUAAUCCCUCCAUUUCCCUACUGGACAAAGACGCCCUUGAGCUCCCAGAGGGACUGAUUGUCCUCCAGGCUGCUUGGGGACACACUUACCACUGUGGAGUUUUCACAGAUAAGGUCAGCAUUCCCAAAGGCUCGCGAUUCGGACCUUUCCAAGGAAAACUUGUGAACACCAGUGAGAUAAAAACAUAUGACGACAACACUCUAAUGUGGGAGGUGUUUGAGAACGGUCGGCUGAGUCACUUUGUGGACGGCAGAGGCGCGUCUGGAAACUGGAUGUCUUUGGUGAAGUGCGCUCGGUUUCCUGAGGAGCAGAACCUGAUCGCGGUGCAGGUCCAGGGUCAGAUCUUCUACGAGGCCUGCAAGGAGGUCACACCAGGCCAGGAGCUCCUGGUGUGGUACGGAGACUGUUACACACAGUUUCUUGGGAUCCCACUCACACUGAAGGACCCCAGAGAGGAGAACAACAACAACAACAACAGUGUUUCUCCAACUGAAGAUUCAGGCGAGGGCUUCAAGUGCGACAGAUGUGGGAAGGUGUUCGCAUAUAAAUAUUACAGAGACAAGCACCUGAAAUACACACGCUGCGUCGACCAGGGGGACAGGAAGUUUCCCUGUCACCUAUGCAACCGAUCCUUCGAGAAGAGGGAUAGGCUGAGGAUCCACAUCCUGCAUGUGCACGAAAAACACAGACCUCACAAGUGCUCCGUGUGUGGGAAGAGUUUCUCCCAGUCCUCCAGUCUUAACAAACAUAUGCGGGUCCACUCUGGAGAGCGACCAUACAAGUGUGUCUACUGCAACAAGGCCUUUACUGCCUCCAGUAUCUUGCGCACGCACAUUCGCCAGCAUUCCGGAGAGAGGCCCUUUAAAUGCAAGCAUUGCGGGAAGGCCUUCGCCUCCCACGCCGCCCACGAUAGCCACGUUCGCCGGACCCACGCCAGGGACAAGCCGUUCCAGUGCGAGCUGUGCGGGGCUGCUUUUCAGGAGGAGCAGGAGCUGAAAUACCACAAGACGAUCCACAAAAAGAGGCAAAUCGACACUCUCACUGUUUCUUCUUCUUCUUCGGAAAUUGGACUGGAAGACCACUCCGGGCUCCCAGCGAAGGAAAUCCAAAAAGCACAGAAGAAACCAGCAGGGCAAAGAUUUCCAAAUUAUACCGGGUUAACAGUUUUAAACUCUGAUUAUAGGCCCUGGAACUAGACAACCAAGAAAAAGAGGGGAAAUGGAUGGCUAUUGUACAGCCGUAUUUAAAUCCAAACACAAUUAUUUAAAUGGUAUGGCAUCUAUUUAUGUAAUGUAUAAAUGUUAUUAUGUGGCUUAAAGCUAUCACUCUACAAUAGCCUGGUUUAGUCUCGCUAGGUGUUAUUAUUAUUAU